GAGUCUCUUCUUUCAGUGGAUUCAAACGUAUUGCAACCACUGUAUAUUAUCAACAUUAUUAUCAUCAAAAUAAUAUAUAACUUCUAACUCACUCUAGGUUUUAAUAGUUUGAAAAUGGGUAAUGCAGCUGGAUGUGCAACAACAAAUAGUGUUCAACCUCAGCAAAAUAGUCAUGAUCGUUAUAAAGACAAUGAUGUACCACAAGAUGUGGGGAAAUCAGCAACUACAACAAUAGCACAUCAAGAACGAUCAACAAGGGAUGAAAAAGCACAAUCUACACUUGUUCAACCAAUUUCAAAUAUAAAGGAUGAAGCAGAAGAAAAGAAGGAAGAUACCACUUCAUCCAAUGAAGCCUUUGAAUCUUCUGUUAUAGUUGAAAUACCAAAAGGAAAAUCACUAAGAUAUAUAACAUGUAAAGAUUUACAUCAAGAUAAGGAAACAGAUUUAAUGAGAGUAUUAUAUAGAAUGGAUGAGGUAAUUGCUUAUAACACUCAUCAAUUAAUGGAGAGUGAUUUUAUGUUUUGUGUAUUUUCAAAUGUAGAUAAGAAUAUUGUUAUUUAUUCUCUAUCUGAUGGUUUAGAUAAGUUUUAUUAUCAUAUUAGAGAUGCUGAAAGUAUUCAUCAAGAUAAAUUUAUGGUAUUUGAAGAUAGUCCAUCGAAUGAAAAGGAACAAUUAUCUUUAUUUAUUCUAUCAGUUCAAAAUUGUGUUCUUAAUUCAGAAUUAACAAUUGAACCUCAACCAGAUGAAUCAAUUGAAGUUUUCCAAAAAUUGAAAAAUGAUGUUGGAAAAGUUAUUACAAUUGCAUUACAUUUAUAUCCUCUAAAACAUAAUAUUGAUAUUAACAUUAGAGAUACUUUUAUGAUGAUUACAAAAUAUUCAAAAUUGCAGAAACAAAAAUUUGAUUCUGAAAAGAAGGAUGAUUUAGAAAGACAACAUAGUUUGGAAUUAAAAUUAAAACAAGAAUCUGAAAAGAAUUUAACUGUUGAAGUUUUACAUUUAUCUUCUCAAAGAUCAUCAAAUCAAGAUGUUAAUGAAGAAGAGGAUGGAUUUCUGGGUGAUGAUAUUAAGAAAAUUGAAGAUGAUCCACAUACUCCAAUUACACCAGAAGAUUUAGCUCCACCAUCACAACCAAUAACAGCAAGUGUAUCUAAUGAUCAUCAUUCUAAAGGUGGUGCUACUAGUAGUAAUUUAACUGAAUUGAUAUCUUCUUUAAAAGCUCAUGAAAAUGAUGAAGUGAGACAAUUAGUUUCAAGAAUUGAAUUAAUUUUAACAGAUCCAACAGCCACCAAUUCAACAAAAUCACCAUUAGCAAGUUUAUUAGUAUCAAAAGCAUCAUCACAUAAUAUGGGAGUUAAAUCAACUGUUAAAGAUAUUUUAAUAUCAGAUGAACAUGAUUCUGAAACACAAAAAUGGUUAUCAUCUGAAGUAUUACAUGGAUCACUUGUUGAAGAUAGUACAGAUUUAUCAUGGAAGAAACGUAUUAAGGCAUAUACUAAAGCAUUAGUAUUUACAAAUUAUUUAAAAGAAAUGAGUUCAAUAGGUAGAAAGAGUGCCAAAGAUUCAUUAGCAAUUGUACCUAAGGAUGAUAUUCCAUUGAAAGUUAAGGAAUAUUUAAAAGAAAAUUUAUUGGAUUAUUUUAAAUUUGAUGUAUUUGAAUUUAAUAAGAUUGCAGAAGGUGAACCAUUAUAUUAUACAUGUUUAUAUAUAUUUCAAACAUUUGAUUUAAUUGGACCAUUGAAUAUACCAAUUGGUACUUUGAAGAAAUUCUUAAAACAAGUAGAAUCUAAUUAUUUUAAUAAUCCAUAUCAUAAUAAUUGUCAUGCAACUGAUGUUGUUCAAACUGCUAUUAGUUUAUAUGUUAAAUGUUUUUCACAUACAAGUCCAUCUUCACCUCAUUCACCUCAAUCUCAAUCACAAUCAACACAAUCACAGUCACAAUCAUCUCAAUCUAUUCAAUUUAAUAAUUUUACAUUAGAAAAUAAUUUAAAUUUCAAUCUAGUACCAUUAGAUAUAUUAGCAUUAGUUGUUGCAUGUUUAGCUCAUGAUGUUUGUCAUCCAGGAGUUACAAAUUUAUUUGAAAAGAAAACAAGAAGUGAAAAGGCAAUCAUGUUUAAUGAUCGUUCAAUUUUAGAAAAUUUUCAUUGUUAUAAUUUAUUUAAAAUACUAGGAAAGGAAGAAUUUAAUAUAUUUGUAAAUAUGUCAAGUAAUCAAUAUGAAUAUUUAAGAGAAUUAAUAGUUGAAAUGAUAUUAGCAACAGAUAUAAGUCAACAUUUCUUAAUUGUUGGUCAAAUUAAAUCCAAUGAUAUAUUUAAUAAGGAAAAGUUUAGUAUUGAAAGAAAGGAAUGUUUAUUAGCCUUAUUAAAAGUAAUAAUUAAAUGUGCAGAUGUUUCAAAUCCAACAAAAUCAUAUCAAGUUUAUGGUAAAUGGGUUAAUAGAGUAAUGACUGAAUUUUAUAAUCAGGGUGAUACUGAAAGAAAUUUAAAAAUUGAUAUUUCACCUUUUAUGGAUAGAAAUACUCAAAAUGUACCAAAAUGUCAAACUGGUUUUAUUGAAUUUAUUGUAAUGCCUCUAUUUAAUUUAUUAUUUGAUUUUAAACCUGAAGAAACUGAAUUAAUUAAGAAACAAAUUCAAUCCAAUCAUUUAACAAUGCAAGAUUUAACAAAAUCAACUCAAUUAACUUUACCUUUAGUGUUGGAACAUGUUCAUCAACAAACUGGUUUAAAUAUUAUUCAAUAUGAAGAGAAUUAUAAAAUUAUUAAAACUAAUAGAGAUGAUAGUCCUCUCAAUGAUGUUCAUGAAAUUGAUGAUACAAAGAAGGAACAUCACAUUGUUAAGGCUGAGGAUACAAAACAUCAAGAUAUUACCAUUGAACAACCACCUCAUAAUGAUAAUGAGGAAAAGAAUGAUUCAAGUCUUGAACAUUCUAAUCACAAUACCACAACAACAGAACAUAAACAUUCAGAUCCUCUUGAAGAAGAAGAUUUAUAAUAUAAAUAAUAAACACACA